CUGACUACGACGAUGGCGGGUUCCUUUCACAUUAGCACCGACGCGAAGUCCGCAUCGAACAAUCUUCUAAUGCUUUCAAUGUAUGGUUGAUAUGUCGAUUGUAUGAAUGGCUUCCAAAGUUCCCAUGGAGGCCACUGAGGGGGGGGAGCCCGUUUGGUUUGAGGACCCACGGAAAGCUGGCGCGAAUGAGCAGCUGCUAAAACCCGCGAAAGACGUCGUACGAGGGCGAGACCAAUUCAAACAAAGGCUGCAAGGCUUUCUGAAGAAGAGUCGAGGGAAUGCCGACCCUCCAAAGACGAAAGAAGAUCUAGAGAAGGAGAUUGCAAAAUACGACUACUCGAAUCUGAAGAACGAAGCAGGCAAUAUUUUGAAUGCCGCGGCGCGGGUCAACUCGACAUACAACCGAGAGCGACAAGAAGGAAGGAAAAAAGUCGGGCGGAUUGCGCAGGAAUUUAUCAACUCAUUUUCGGAGUUCUUGGGUGUAUACUCGGGGAUUGUCAAUAUUAUGAAAGGUGCGGGGCAGAUAUAUGGGGAAGUGGCGUAUGAGACGCUCUCGGUUUUGUUUAUUGUGGUCGUCAAUAAGAGUGGAAAUGACAACGGCAUGGCAGAUUUGCUGCAGGAAAUGCGGAAAUCAUUCCCACGGUUGGACGAUUGGACUCUGAUAUACCCGACUCCUUCGAUGAAGCAAGUUGUGGCGGAAGUUUAUAAAGAGGUUAUAACGUUUGCGCGUGACGCGUCGGUGUAUUUCACAAGAUUCAGAACCCGGUUUUGGAAGGCGCUUGGAAACCCUCCCGCAAUGGGCAUCGAGAAGACUGCCUCCGUAAUUCACAGCAAACUUGCCGAGGUGAUGUCUGAGGCAAUGGUCAACCUGCACAAACGAAACCAACAAAUUCAACUCACGGUUGAAGAGUCAAAGAUUACUUUAGAAGAAUCGCACUCGACGAUUCAACGUCUGGAGAGCAUGCUAGAAGAAGCCCGACUUGAGAACGAGAAAUAUCGACAACAAGAAGAACAGGAAAAAGAAGAUGAGGACAAGCAGCGCCUGGAGACAUUUAAAGGCAUUCUAGAAAUCGUCACCUACCCAACCGCGCCUUCAAAUCCAGAUAUCUGCGCCCACAUGCUGACCAAAGCCUUCGACUCCCACAAAAAGAACCACUACCAACACAUGACCCGCACCCUGCUCGAGUCACUUCCAACAUACAAAUCUUGGUUUGCUUCCUCGGAAUCUUCGGUCCUCCUCCUCGCUGGUGAAACAAACACCAACGCACGCGCCGGCAGGGGCUAUACGCACUCCUGGCUCUCACCUGCCACACUCUUUGCCGUUGACAUUCUCCGCGAGAAUGAUGAAAGAGGUGCAUAUUAUUGCUGCCAUCCCGGCGCGAGGACAGAUGACAACGAUCUCGAUAUCUAUUUGGCAAAGGAUCUGCUCAUCAAACUCUCUUACAAACUCCUGGAAUCCCAGCCUAAAGUUCUGAGGAGGAAGAUGGCACAGCUGCAAUCCAUUGUCACUAAACCGUUUUGGACACUCCUCGACCCGCAAAAACUCGAGCAUCGGAGACUCGAAUCAUGGGAACUGAAAGAAAGGCAGAAAAACGCAUUGGACUCUUGGUUUUCUCUCCUCCGUGAGAUUCUCGAAGAGUUGAAAGAGGAAGGUAACGAGGGCAAGUUCACGUAUUUGAUUAUUGACAGGAUGGAUCUUGUAGAGAUGAAGGUGAGCUAUUUCAUGGAUGAGCUUGUGAAGCUUGUGAGCAAUGAGAAUGUGAAGGUUAAAAUACUGGCGGUUUUGGAUACGGUGAGGGGUGAGUGGGAUGAGGAUUUGAGUGUUGUGGAUGCGAGGGUCUUGGUUGUUCAAGGACUGGAUCAAAAGCCGGCGGGGACUUUUGGACAUACGUCUGCCAUUGAGGACAAGUAGGGAGGUGUCGAUAUUUUAUAAUAAACAUAUGGAUGAGUGAGCAUAAGUAAUGAAAAGCAUUUCUGCAAGCCGAA